AUGCAGGGGAUGAAGUGGUUUGGCAGUAUGUCCCUCAGCAGCAAAAGGAGUAAGAGGAGGAGUAGAAGGAGCAGCAGCUGUAGCAGUGGCAGUGGUAAUAAUAGUGUGCUGCUAUCCCUGGCUCUCCUGGUGGCGGUGACCCUGAUUGUGGACCCUGUAGCGGCACAAAAGCAGCGAACUGGCGGCGCUUCAGAAAAAGUGCCAGUCCUGAACAUUGCGGUGAUCCUGGGACGCACACGCUACAUCUCAGACCGGGACAUCCGAGCGCUGUGGAGCAAGGAGGACCCCAUCGACGUCAACGUGGUCACCCUGCUGGUCAACGAGACCGACCCGAAAAGCAUCAUCACCCACAUGUGUGAUUUGAUGUCCGGGACUAAGAUCCAUGGCGUGGUGUUUGGGGAUGGCACUGACCAAGAGGCCAUAGCCCAGAUUUUGGAUUUUAUGUCCUCGCAGACACUCAUACCCAUCCUGGGCAUUCAUGGAGGGUCGUCCAUGAUCAUGGCUGAUAAGGAUGUAAAGUCGACAUUCUUCCAGUUUGGUGCCUCCAUCCAACAGGAGGCUCUGUUGAUGCUCAACAUCAUGGAGGAAUACGAUUGGCACAUCUUCUCCAUUGUCACGUCAAAGUUCCCUGGCUACCAGGAGUUCAUCAACGUCCUAAAAACUACUGUGGACAACAGUUUUGUGGGCUGGGAUCUGCAGAAUAUCAUUAUUCUGGACGCAGUGGAGGAAGACAGCCGGUCUCAGAUCAUGCUCAAGAAGGUCCAGUCCCCAGUGGUCCUGCUCUACUGCUCCAAGGAUGAGGCGGUCUACGUCCUGGAGGAGGCUCGCUCACUCGGCCUCACUGGAUUUGGAUACAUCUGGAUUGUGCCAUCACUCACCACUGGGAACCCAGAAAUAACACCUGACGAGUUUCCACCAGGAAUGAUUUCAGUGUCAUACGACGACUGGGACUACCCGUUGGAGGCUCGGGUUCGGGAUGGUCUGGGAAUCAUAACGUCAGCAGCAGCAGCCAUGUUGGAGGAGUUUGGUGACAUCCCUGAAGCCAAGACUUCCUGUUAUGGCCAAUUGGAGAAGACGACCAAGCUGCCACCCAGUGCGCUACAUAAGUACAUGAUGAAUGUGACAUGGGAUGGCAAAGACUUGUCAUUCACAGAAGACGGCUACCAGGAAAACCCAAAGCUGGUGGUCAUUGUUCUCAACAAGGAGAGAGAGUGGGAGAAGAUGGGGAAAUUGGACAACCGCAGCCUGACACUUAAGUACCCAGUGUGGCCGCGCUUCAACUCCUUUGGUGACGCUGAGCUGGACGACAACCACCUGUCCAUCGUCACUUUAGAGGAGAAACCUUUUGUUAUUGUGGAGGACGUAGAAAGGCUCACCGGUACCUGCAUGAGGAACUCUGUGCCCUGCAGGAAGCAUAUCAAAGACAACACGACAGAGGCUGGUGGGACAUACAUCAAGAAGUGCUGCAAAGGCUUCUGCAUCGAUAUUCUGAAGAAGAUUGCAAAGUAUGUAAAGUUCACCUAUGACCUGUACCUGGUAACCAAUGGCAAGCAUGGCAAGAAGAUCAACAACGUGUGGAAUGGGAUGGUGGGAGAGGUGGUCUAUAAGAAAGCCGUCAUGGCCGUCGGAUCUCUGACGAUCAAUGAGGAGCGUUCUGAGGUCAUCGAUUUCUCCGUCCCGUUCGUGGAAACCGGGAUCAGCGUCAUGGUCUCCCGUAGCAACGGAACAGUCUCCCCGUCAGCCUUUCUCGAGCCAUUCAGUGCAUCAGUGUGGGUGAUGAUGUUUGUUAUGCUCCUACUGGUGACUGCAAUGGCUGUCUUCAUGUUUGAGUACAUCAGUCCUCUUGGUUUUAACAGAAACCUGGCACAAGGAAAAGACCCCCAUGGCCCUUCCUUCACCAUGGGCAAGGCCGUGUGGCUGCUGUGGGGUCUGGUCUUCAACAACUCUGUGCCAGUGCAAAACCCAAAAGGAACCACCAGUAAGUUCAUAGUGUCUGUGUGGGCCUUCUUCGCUGUCAUCUUCCUGGCCUCCUACACUGCCAACCUGGCUGCCUUCAUGAUCCAGGAGGAGUUUGUCGACCAGGUCACCGGGCUUUCUGACAACAAGUUUCAGAACCCGUACGCAUACUCACCUCCGUUUCGCUUUGGGACUGUUCCAAACGGAUCCACAGAGAGGAACAUUAGGAAGAACUACCCUGCAAUGCACCAAUACAUGGUGAAAUAUCAUCAGACUGGAGUCCAGGACGCACUUGUCAGCCUCAAAACGGGUAAACUGGAUGCCUUUAUCUAUGAUGCUGCAGUGUUGAACUACAUGGCCGGCAGAGAUGAGGGAUGUAAGCUGGUGACCAUUGGCAGCGGGUACAUCUUUGCUACCACUGGUUAUGGCAUAGCUCUACAGAAAGGCUCCUACUGGAAACGACAGGUGGAUCUGGCUAUCCUGGCCAUCAUCGGAGAUGGUGAAAUGGAGGAACUAGAAGCCCAGUGGCUGACAGGAAUUUGCCACAAUGAGAAGAACGAGGUUAUGUCCAGUCAGCUGGAUGUGGACAACAUGGCUGGAGUCUUCUACAUGCUGGCCACGGCCAUGGGGCUCUCCCUCAUCACCUUUGUCUCUGAGCAUCUCUUCUACUGGAGGCUCAGAUACUGCUUCACUGGGGUCUGCACUGGCAAGCCAGGUCUCCUUUUCUCCAUCAGUCGGGGAAUCUGGAGUUGCAUCCAUGGAGUCCACAUUGACAUGAAGAAAAAGACAGAUCUAGACUUUAGCCCCCAGGACAAAAUGCUUAAGCUCAUCAAGUCAGCCAAACAGAUGACCAACAUGUCUAACCUAGGUGGCUCCCGCAUGAAUUCACCCAAACGUGAGUUCAUGCACUCAGCUGGCCCCAUGAUCAUGGACAUGAUGGCAGAGAAAGGCAACUUUAUUUAUGCUGACAACCGAAGCUAUGCGCCCAAAGAUAUGAUCUAUGGGGACACUGGUGACCUGCAGUCUUAUCUUGCUAACCGCCACAAAGACCACCUUAACAACUACAUCUUUCAGGGAGGCCAACAUCCUCUGACCCUGAAUGAUGCCAAUCCUAACACAGUAGAGGUGGCAGUAACUGCUGACACAGUCCAGACAAACGCCAAGCCGCCCAGGACCCUGUGGAAGAAGUCAGUGGACACACUUCGUUCUGUGCCACCCGGGCCCCCUCCGAUGCCUGACAUGCUGAUGCCAGACCCACGAAUGUCAAUGAAGACACAGCGCUACAUCCCUGAGGACACAGCCCACUCUGACAUCUCCGACUGUUCUAGCAGGGCAGCCUCCUACAAGGACCCAGAAAACAACAAGCACCUGAAGCCCAAGGACAACUUAAAAAAAAGAUCGGUGCCGUCAAAAUACCCAAGGGACUGCAGUGAGGUGGAGCUGUCCUACUUAAAGACAAAGCAGGUCAGCGGUGGAACCAACCAAACCGGGAGAGGAGGAGGAGGAGAGAAAAUCUACACAAUCGACUCAGACCGAGAGCUGAGCCUGCACUCAGAUCCCAUUCAUUACCGCGAGAGUCGUGGCCUUGCUGCUGACGAUUUGGAUUAUCCCGAGAUCUACUCCGACCACAGUGACAACUAUAGGAAGUGUGAGCAGCCAAUCAUUCAUCUGAACUCCUCGCCUUUGCAUCACACCGACUCAGAUCUUCUACCAGAUCCAACUUACUCUAAACACUACAGCCUGAAAGAAAAAAACCUUUCCCCACAUGAAUCCAUUGAUCGCUACAAACAGACACACUGUCGUUCCUGCUUGUCCAAAGUGCCAGCUAGCUACCCACCAGGAGGGCCGUACACCCCUACCGCCUCGGCCUCAGCUUCUGCCACACGCUCACCUUAUAAUAGGUGUGAAGCAUGCCUCCACAUGGCCAACCUGUAUGACAUUACUGAGGACCAGCUCCUCUCAGACCCCUUGGUCAGUCCCACCAUGCACCACCAACAGCAGCAGCAACCAGAUGAAAUGUUUGGUCUGUAUUGGCCUCAGACGGAUGGACCGCAUGUCCAAAAGAGAAACCGCUUGAGGCUGAGUCGUCAGCACUCCUUUGAUAACAUCAUGCUAGAAAAGCCCAAGGAUGUAGACCUGGGCCGACCUGCGCGCAGCGUCAGCCUCAAGGAGAAGGAUCGUUUCCUGGACUCCACAUCUGACUCGCACUAUGCGAACCUCUUCGGCAUGCGUCCCUACUCUGGCAGACUGUUUGGCACAGGCUCCAAGUCAAUGCUGUUUAACCACAAUCUGGAGGAAAGCAAGAGGAGCAAGUCCCUGUAUCCGGCCCAUGGCUCGGACAACCCUUUCCUCAGCCACUCGCUGAGGGAUGACACCAGCAGCAGACUGGUCCAUGGGCGUAGCUCCUCUGAUAUUUACAAACAGCUGGCAGUGGCCUCACCUGCAGCAGUCCUUGGAGCGCCCCCCAUCAAAACACGCAACGAUGCGAACAAUCUCCGCUCAUCCGUUAAAUCCACCACUUCAUACUGCUCACGGGACGGACGGAUAGCCAAUGACAUGUACAAUAAAGAGCAUGUGAUGCCUUACUCAGCCAAUAAGACUAGUGCAUACCCGGCCCCACGUGGCGUCCUAAACUCAGCCCAGUUCAGCAAUAGACGGGUGUAUAAAAAAAUCCCCAGUCUGGAGUCAGAUGUUUAGUUGAUAUAAGAAAUGUUGUGUUCUCUCUUCUUUACUCCUCUCUGGGUUUGUAUUAUAAUUUAUUUACUAUGUUAUCCACCAAGGGAUGCCAUAGCCACACUACGUUUUUCUUCUUCUCUUCGACAUUGUAAUCCAAAAGAACUUGUGCCCACUUGGGUAUGACGGUACUACUACUACUACUCUCUUUGCAGAUGAUAUCACCAUUUUUGUCCAUUCUCUGCCAUGUACCGAUGAGUUGGCUGCAUGGCCAGCACGCUGCCAUAAGGUAUCCUGGUGUAAAGGUGAGGGGAGUCAUUAACCCCCUAGGUUUUAAGAAGGGAUAGGAAAUGGCAUAGUCCCAUUAGUGGGCAGAGAAAGUUUAAGUUACAGUGAAGGAGGACUCCAAAGGCAUUGUUGGGGAAGAGGCAGUUUUUGUGUGUGGUGAGGAUGGAAGAAAUCUUAUGAGAGAGGAAUUAGAAGGAGAGAGAGAAGAGAUAACCUCUCUUUCAACCCCUAGUCCUUUUUCCGUUCCACCUCCACUGUCAAGCUUGGGGCUCGCUAGUUGAGGAGAACAGGCCUGACAGGGAGACCAGAUGGACACGUUUGAUGUCGUGGCCAGACAUGGAGGCAUCCCAGGAGGGCAGAGACGUCACAGUGAGCUAGUCCAACGGUCUGCUGCUAGUUACUCUGACAAAUAUGGCCACUGAGACACCUGGCAGUGAAAGAGGAGAGAAAGGGAAAAAAGGGAUGAGCAGAGUGCAGCCUCCAGCAGUUUUCGGCAGUUAGGCAUCAGCGUGCUUGGUCAGAAUUUGGUUUUAUGUGUUAAGCCUAAGGGACAUGAUAGUGACUUGAAGCUGAGAGUAAUGUAGGUGCUAUUAAUGAAUAAUGUUUACAGACUGACAGAUAAAAAAAAAGACUGACAAAAUGACAGAAUGAUAGAAAAGGACAGACAAGCAGGGAAACCUAAAGGGCAAAUGAUGGGCAUUUCAUUUGUGGCGCUGCGCAUAGAAAAAUAAUUGCAAAGUAUUGCUUUUUUAUUCUAUUAAACUAUAAGAUUUAUUAGGGAUUCUGGCAUCCGGAUCCCCCUAUGUAGGAUUUUAGUGUUUGCUUAUUUGGUAGCACAAUAGCCAUUAGUUUCUAAACCUCUCUCCCACAUUUGCUUUUGGAGAAGCAUAGCUUUCUGAAAAAUACCAUCAGGAGUGGUAGAUUAUUUUGCAUGUGUUGAUUUUUUCUGUGUUGGAAAAGACAAAUUACACACAAAUACACUCUCAGACACAUAUUUUACAUGUUUUUGAAAAGGAACUGUGUCUUUCCAUAUAUGGUGGAUAGAUACUUGUACAAUCGAAACCUUUAUCCUUGACGUUUGUGCUUAGUAAAUCAGUGUCAUGCUGUGGCUCCUGCUGCAAAAGAGCAAGAAAGUGGUGGAAGGAAAGAGAGCAAAGAGGAGAUAAACAAGGGAGAAAAGGAUGAAAUGACAACUGAGUCCAUGACCCCCUUGUUUGAGUUGGGUGCUGAUGUGUUUUUGUCUUCCGACCUCCCUGCCACUGAGAAACAGGGUAUUAGCUAUAAAAAAAAGACAAUUCCUUCCUUCUUUCCUCCUUCCUUCUUCCCUUCCUCGAUCAACAUGACACAUCACUAGAGUGUUGGACAACUAUAGGAACUACUUUAUUUUAUUUCUUUAGUUCUUUUUUGACAUUGAACUUUGAUUGGUACAGCAGUAGCAGUGCUAUACUGUAUCUAACCACUGAAGUCUAACUGGGGAUUGGGUUAACAAUUAUUGAUCUUCAAUUACUGUUGAUCCACAAUCAACCAAGGCUCCUGAGGAUCUGAAGACUACCUGAGAUGGAUCCCUUGUUUACCUUCAUAGUGUUGUUU